AUGGAAAAACAAGGAUGCUUCAAGACCUGGUGGAAUGAAAGUGUAGGCACCAGAUCUAGGCAGGAUGGUGCAGAACAUCUUGGUCUAACAGUUAACAUUUUAUGGCAAGUAUGGAAAAGUAGAAAUGAGUUGGAAUUCAACAACAAACAAAGGCAUGCAAUGACAACCAUACUGAAAGCUCAAGAGGAAUGGAUAGAGUUCUGCGAAGCAUACAAAGACAACGAACAGAUGAUCACAGAAGAAACAGCUGCUAACCAAACUCAAAGGAUAGAAGUGGAGAAUGCAAAGGUGAUUAAAGUGAAAAUUGCUACACUCAGAAGAUCGAACAGUAAGGAGAUUGGCAUAGGAGUGACUGCUAUGACUGAAGGAGAUGUGGUUGUUGCGGCUUGGGCAAUACAUGAAAGAAGCUACAAUUGUCCACAAUUGGACGAAGCUGAGGCUAUUAAGAUAGCUAUGAGUAAAUUAGCAAUCAAUGGUUGGAGGAAAAUCAUCAUACAGAGCUGCAACAAGCAACUACUUCAGCAAAUCCAUUCUGGAAGUGCAUCAAAUAUCAAGCUGCAUACUCUAGUUGAGGACAUUCUUAGCUUGAAAACUUUAUUUCACAUGUGCUCUUUUUGUCUUAUAUCUAAAAGUGUUAAUCAUGUUAGUAUUAGAGUUAGUGAUUAUGCUUUAGAUAUUCUACAUGAUGAGGAAUGGAUCAAUCCUUUGUGCUGUUGA